AUGACGUCCGAUUCGAAGCAAGAAACAAAAUGUUCAAGUACACGUUUGGAUGGUUAUGACCUCCAUCAGUCGAAUGGUAAACAUCAUUCGUCGCAAAAAUCAAAUGGUCACACAACAGUUCUGAAUGAGUGUAAUGAGAAUCAACAUGAUGCAUACGAAAAGUUGAAUAAAUGGAAGAUGGAAAUGGAUAAUGAAUUAGAAAGGGUCUAUUCUUCGAAACGAACAGAAAUUGAUAAUUUGUUAAAAGUAGAUACAGAUCUAGUUGAGGUCAAUAUUGAUGAUAUCCCAGUAUUUGAUAAAUUUGUGAAAGUAUCGAAGAAAGAAAAAAAACAAGAAGAGAAACAAGAAUUUGAUGUAGAUAGAUUAGUUUGUUUACAUGAGUUUAACUUGAAAACAAGUAAUGAAGUGAUAUGUUCGUCAGAUAAAUAUAUUUUAGUUUAUGAAGAUGUCAUUUCAAAAUUAGUAUUGUACGAUAAACAGAAAAUGAUUCUACAAUACGACUGGCAUCAGUCAGAAUAUGAGCACUUACAUGAUAUGUGUUGGUCGACUGCAACACAAAAUUUUCUUUUAGUAACAAAUCGUCAUUUAUUUACUUGGAAUCCAUCAAAUGAUGUGAUUAAAAUUGAUUGUAUUCGACCAGUGAAUGGAAGUCUCCUAUGGUCAAUAACAACAAAUAUGAGCACAGAUUUGUUUAUUUUAUAUAAAUUGGGUAAUUUUAUUGAUCGAUGGGAAUUACCAUCGUGGCGUUUAGUUCAACGAUGGUCAAAUCAUGAUUUAUUUGCUGAAAAUGAUCAACGAGUAAGAUGUAUUAGAACAAAUGAUAUUCAUGUAGCUAUGACAGUUGAAUCAAUGACAUUAUUUCAAUGGCGAGUAGAUAUAUUUGAUUUAAAUUUAAAUUUAAUUCGACGUGGUUUCAAUAUCAAUAAUCUAACAAAACAUUCUACAUGUUUAUUGACAAAAUUUCAUUCGGAUCAAUGGUUAAUUAUCGAUAAUAAUAAAAAUAAUAUGUUUUUAGUUGAUCAAAAUGGUGUUGUGGAGCAAAAAACAGCAAGCAAAAUCAAACAUCGAAUAAAAAAUGCAGUAAUGUUAGACAACAAUCAGCUUGUGUUAAAAUUACAACAACCAAAUCAAUUACAAAUAUAUUUACUCAAUCAACACUAA